UGUGUAGUUUAAUGAUCAAACGGCUGUCUGGGAAUGAAAGCAAAUAACAGGAAGCGGCUGCACCACCGACUGAAGCUCCCCCUGCAGCCCAUGAAGUGUCACAGGCCCAGUGUGUCUGGGAGCAGAAAGGGGGGAAUCCAGGAGGCUCAUAUCUCCUCCCACUGUGUGUGUGUGUGUCUGACAGUCCCGGGGAGGGUGUGAGAGCCGAGCUGCUGCUGCUUCUUACAAGCCAUUAGUCAUUAGUGUAAGGGGAGGGAGGAGAGCGUUACAUCUACCUCUGGCUUUAACCUUAACUUGCCUCAUUGUGGCACCAGACAGAAAAGUUGAAGGGAGACGGGCAGAUUGGAACAAGAGCCAGAGGAGGAGGAGGGGGAAGAAGAUUAAAGUGAAAAGAUCGAGCUUGUUGUUAAAGUGAACAGACACACAAGCUGAAGUGAUUGUAUUCAGGGCAUCCCGUGUGUUUGUGCAUCGCCUCUCUUUAACGCUCUGCCUCUGAGCUGGGAUCCUCCGGCGGCCCCGUGCUACAAUGAAAGCCAAGAAAGGCUUAGUUCCUCUCUCAGGCAGCGAGACAGAGGAUGACGAUAGUAUGGAUAUCCCACUGGACCUUUCUUCCACUGCUGGCUCAGGGAAGAGGAGGAGACGUGGAAACUUACCUAAGGAAUCUGUGCAGAUUCUGCGGGACUGGCUCUAUGAACACCGCUACAAUGCCUAUCCCUCUGAGCAAGAGAAAGCACUCCUGUCCCGUCAAACACAUCUCUCCACACUACAGGUCUGCAAUUGGUUCAUCAAUGCGCGCCGCAGGCUGUUGCCCGAUAUGCUAAGAAAAGACGGGAAGGACCCUAAUCAGUUCACCAUUUCUCGGAAGGGGGCCAAGAUAAGCGACGUGAUCCAGAUGGAUUCUCCAACAGGCACAAAGCCGUACAUUCCCACUAUAGACGAGAACUCCUUUCAUUUCACUUCAGCAGGACCCAAUCAGAGCUCAGGGAAGUUACUGGCCUCUAAACUCUCUCCUACACAAUCUCUGCUCGCUCGGCCUUCUGUGAUCUGUCAUACCACUGUAACGUCACUAAAUGAUGCGCCUUUCAAUUUCACCCAUGUGUUGAACGCUGGACAAAUCCCAGAUGCGCAGCAGACCGACGCAAACAACUUCACAGAAACCUCAAUUCUGUACCAUGAAGACACUAGUAAACUGGGACAAAACACAAAUGCACAAAGUGGACUUUUCAACACUCCACCUCCGACUCCCCCAGACCAUAACCAGGAUUUCAGUGGCUUUCAGUUAUUGGUGGAUGUUGCUCUCAAACAGGCUGCAGAGAUGGAGCUGCAGGCUAAACUUGUGGCCUAACUUUAUUUUUUUUCUUUUCUCCUAGGAGUUAAAAAAAAAAAACUUUCAGAAACAUUUCUUUUGGACUGCCCAGGUUAAUAACAGACUCCUUGCAUUAUCUGAAUCUAUAUAUUUUUUCAUAGUUUUUUUUUUUUUGCACAUGGAACUGUCAAGCGGAAGAUUCUUAUAACAAAGAAGUCUUACCUUUUUUUAACUUAGACAGAUUUGUGUUCACUUUCAUAAGAACUGUGACUUGAGCGUUUGACUGUUGAGAGAUUCUCCGUUGCCAUGUACAGACUAUUUUUUAUUUUUUUAUUAUGCAAAGAUGCCAUUAGCUUAUUCUUGCAGUGAUCUAGACCAGGGGUGUCCAACCUGCACCCCUCUAAUUGCUGGGGGGGGUGCAAGUGACGUCUAUGAACUAGAGGCAGUACUCAGGGGCGAGGGAGAUGGUAUAUCCACACACACACACUGCAUUUCAUUCAGAUAAUUCAGAUAAAAGUUAGAGCUACUGUAGAAACAACAUGCUUCUUAUGUUUCUUGGUAGAUAAAUGUGAGUUGUUUCCCAAGAUUGUGACUUAUUUUGGUACCUUUCAGACUGUGCAAUAUUUAGAAAAACAAAUUAGAACUUUUUAUAUCAUUCCAGAGCAGGAAAUAUGCUCUCAUACUGUCUACAACUAGAAAUCUUUUUUUUUUCCAUUGGUUUCUAUUUUGUUUUGUUUAAGGUAAUCUACGAACUGUUUUUGUUACCUGGGAAUAGCAUUAGAAUACUAUGUAACUGGAUUCUGUUCCCACCUGGAAUAUUAACUGCUAUGUAAAGAUUUGUUUCCAUGACCUGUAUUAUUUUUGUAUACUUUUGUAAUAUAGAAAAAUAACAAUGAAAAAAAACCCCA